CGCUGCUAUGUGAACACAGAGCGGGUCAGAGUGCAGCAGAUCCGGCUGUGGAGAGUCCAGUCUGUCACAGGAUGCAUUACUGCAGCACGCGUGCAGGCGUUCAGGGCCGCAGCUUCAGAGACGUACUGUUCUCUGGAUACGCUGCAGAUGGAGGCAUGUUCAUGCCCGAGACCAUCCCAUCACUGUCUCCUGAAACACUGCUCACGUGGAGCCGUCUGUCCUACCAGCAGCUGCUGUGUGAGAUCUGCUCCCUCUACAUCCCUGAGCAGGAGAUACCGCGACGUGAUCUAGAGGGGCUCAUUUCGCAGGCGCUGUCUAGCUUCUCCAUACCUGAAGCUGUGAGACUGGUUCAGCUGAAGGACUCGCUGUCCAUCCUGGAACUGUUUCAUGGAGAAACGCUGGCGUUUAAGGAUCUGGCCAUGUCCUGUACCUCUCAGUUCCUGCAGUACUUCCUGCGCAAAGAUGGCAAACGGGCCACAAUUCUAGUAGGUACGUCGGGCGACACGGGCGGCUCGGCCAUCAGAAGUGUGUUGGGUCUCAGUGAGGUGGACAUUGUGGUGGUCUUUCCCCGCAGACGCAUCACCAGAGUACAGGAACGACAGAUGACCACCAGCAUAGCGGACAACGUCCAUGUGUUUGCAGCUGAUGGGACGUCUGACGACAUCGAUGUUCCGCUGAGGAAACUGUUUGCGGAUCCAGACCUGGUGCUACGUCAUGGUCUCAUGAGUCUGAACUCUGUGAACUGGUCCAGGAUCCUGGUCCAGCUGGCACAUUUCCUGUUCGCAUACCUGCAGCUGAGCAUGCCGCAGGCCAAAGGAGACGCUCUGCCCGCGCUGGAGGUGCUGGUGCCCACAGGAGGAGCGGGAAACAUCACAGCUGGAUACAUCAUGAAGCUGAUGGGAAUCCCUCUGCGUCUCGUGGCCAUGGUCAACUCCAACGACAUCGUCCACCGCACACUCCAGAGCGGAGAUUUCUCGAUGUCCGACUCCGUCAAGCAAACGCUUGCUCCUGCCAUCGACAUCCAGGACCCGUAUAACAUGGAACGCGUGUUCUGGCUGCUGUCUGGUCGAGAUGGAGCGAUGGUUAAGAGUCUGAUGGAGGAGUUUCAGAGGACACACAAACUUACUCUUCCUGCGUCACUCCAUCAGCAGGUGAACAAUAAACUCAUUUACAUCACCGGCACAUACAGCUGUGUCUGA